UAAGUCUUGCACUUUGGCGAAAUAUGAGUUAUUCAAAUUUUCCAUCAGCAGUCACACAUAGAUUAGAAUAAUUUUGGCGAACAACAACCAAUUUUGAGAAGCCAUCAUGGGACAAGAACAAAAAAUGGAAUGUAGUAAAGAAAAUACAGGUCCAAGAUUUGGAAAAAGACACAUCCAAGCAAUCUUGCUCUUUACAGCAAUUGCAGCCGAAAUAAUGACACGAACGAGCCUAUCACUUUCAAUAGUUGCAAUGACCGACAAUUCAACAUCAUCAAAUCCAAAUAUACCUACUUACCACUGGUCAGAUACAAACAUAAUCCUCUCGUCUUUCUUCUGGGGAUAUUUUGUUCUACAAGUCCUGGCAGGCGAGAUCGCUAAAAACUACGGAGCAAAAUGGUUCCUGUUCGGAGCAAUGUUCUGCAACGGUUUUACUACAAUGCUUAUUCCAUUAGCAGCAGAACUAUUCGGUUCCAAAGGGGUUAUGGCAUGUAGGAUCCUGCAAGGGCUCUGUCAAGGUGGUGUUUAUCCUUGUUGUCAUACCAUGUUGGGUAGAUGGGCUGCGACAAACGAAAGAGGCAAAAUGUCUACUUUUGUUUAUUCUGGUAUAAGCGCUGGUUCGAUAAUCUGUCUACCAAUCACAGGCCUUAUAUCAGAAUCCGACUGGGGUUGGCCAGCGACAUUUUACGUCUUUGGCAGUUGCGGUGUGAUUUGGUCAAUAGUUUGGUUCUUUUUCGGCCAGAACAGUCCCGCUACUCAUCCGGCCAUUACUCCAGAAGAAAGACGCUACAUUGAAGUGUCACUGAAUCAAGACAAAGACACAAAAAAUGUGCCAACUCCGUGGAAGGAAAUGUUUAGUUCGAUACAUUUUUGGGCGAUGGCGAUUCCGACUAUUUGUACUGGUUAUGGGAUAAUUUUUUUGCAAACGGAAAUUCCUACUUACUUGAAACAAGUUUUGAAUCAAAGCAAUACUUCGAGUGGAUUUUUGACCGCAAUGACGUAUGCUGUGGGAGUAUUAGUUACUUGGAUCUAUGGUCCUCUGUCAGACUUUCUGAUCGAAAGGCAAAUUCUUUCCAGGACCAACACAAGAAAAUGUUUUGAAGCAUUUUCAUGUUAUGGAAGUGCCGCUUCAAUGCUGAUACUAAUUUCCCUUGGCCAAGAGCAAACUGGCUUAGCAACUUUCAUGAUUACCAUGAGCGCAGUUUUUGGCGCAGCAAUUUUUUUCGGACACGGAGUGAAUGCUAUUGAUAUGUCUCCAAGAUUUUCUGGAAUUAUUCUUGGGUUCGCAAAUUCUGUAUCUUGUCUUGCUGCUAUGGCUGGGCCGUUGUCUGUACAAUUUUUUGUAAAAGACGAGACAAAUGCUAAACAAUGGCGAUUAGUUUUCAUAAUAGCGUCAUUCUUUUAUGUGAUUCCAGCGACAUUUUUCCUUAUAUUUGCUUCAGGAGAAAGGCAAUGGUGGGAUGAUGGAGCGGAGAAAACCGAUUUGUCCGAAAAAGAAAUGGAAGAUCGAAAACUUGCGAAAGUAUAACGCAAAAGAAAGUCUCAGGAACUAAGUAUAUUACUCAAUUCAAUUGUGAUAAAUAUUUAUUGUAAUAAUUAAUAAUGUAUUUUUUUAACAAAUAUAAGUAGGUACAUAGGUAAUGAUAUU